GUUCCGCAUUCCCGACCCCUCCCCGCAGCUCAGGGGCUGCUAUAUAAUAGGGGCUGAUGCAACCCACCCAGCCGUCCGACACAGCCUGCGUGAGGGGCGAAGCGACUUGCGGCGAAGGCGGGGCUGCUGCUACCCAGGCGUGCCCGCGGCCGCAGAGCUCGGUCCCGGGACCAGGCUGAGCUCGGCACGGCGGGCCUGGGGAGAGAAGCCGAGAGCCGCUCCCGGAGCUGGGCGGCGGCAGCGGCGGCGGCGCUGGAGGACCUGAGCGUGCGACUCGCCUCCCGCUGCAGCCGGGCCCCGGGGGCACCUUUUCCGUCCCUCCGGGUGUGGAAUUGUGUAUCUUGCUAUGAUGCCAGGGCAGAUUCCAGACCCAUCCUUAACAGCUGGCGCUCUGCCUGGCCUUGGCCCUUUGGCAGGGUUACCUGGUACUACCUUGACAGCAGAGGAGCUGAAGUAUGCUGACAUUCGCAGCAUUGGGGCCAUGAUCUCACCACUACAUUUCCUGGAGGUGAAACUGGGCAAGAGGCCUCAGCCAAUGAAAAGUGAGCUAGAUGAGGAAGAGGAAAGGAGAAAAAGACGCAGAGAGAAGAACAAAGUAGCAGCUGCUCGAUGUCGGAACAAGAAGAAGGAGAGAACUGAAUUCCUGCAGCGGGAAUCUGAACGCCUGGAACUCAUGAAUGCUGAGCUGAAGGCACAGAUAGAAGAGCUAAAGCAGGAGAGGCAGCAGCUGAUCUUGAUGCUGAAUCGCCACCGUCCCACCUGCAUUGUUCGGACAGAUAGUGUGAAAACACCAGAGAAUGAGGCCAAUCCACUGCUGGAACAGCUUGAGAAGAAAUGAAAGAAUGCAUGGUGGGCAAGGAGUUGCACAAACAGGGUCUCUGAGAGUCUCUCAUCUAAUUACUGUAUGACGAACUGUGCACUGUUAAGAUUAGUGCAGUCGGGACUAAUGAGCUUCCUUAAGGAUUGCACAUUCCAGAUAAAGGAAGAGAAGAAGAAUCAGUGGAACACUGAAGUGCCACUAAGAGGUCAACUUGAGUGGAUGUGGAGCCAUUCUGAAGGCUUUCCUGGUUGUCCCUGCAGUACUUCAACUUGCGGAAUAUCCUUUAAGCAACCCAUUACAGGCCUGCAUUUCAAGCCCAGAACAUUUUGGGACACUGGGAGAUAGCAUUAUGGUUCUCGCUACUCCUCUUCUCACAGUGAUUGGUUGAGAGUUAGUAGGGACCAGGUGGAAGCCAUCAACAGGCAAAACUGGGCAGACAUUAGUUCUUGUAUCCUCCCCAUUUAGGACCUGCCGUGCUCUCUCUCUCUCUCUCUGUCUCUCUUUCUUUCUGUUUCUCUCCAGAACUAAAACAGAAACCAAGAAUGGCAAACACUUGACACAAGUCCUGCCUCAUUGCUGGGCCUGUCUGUGGCACUGUGGCGCAGGCGCCCCCACAAGCACACCCUCAGUAUAAUGUUUACAGCCCAGCUGUCCAGAGGCCAUGCUUUUAAAAUGCACAUUUUUACAGUUUUUAAAUAUUUUUUUAUAAAAGUUUUAUACAGUCUCUAUAUGGAUUUAUAUAAUCACUUGAUGUGAUCCAAUAGAAAUGUAUGUUAUUAAGGUCUUUGUUACAAAUAUAUAUGCCGCAGUUAUCUCCAUUGUGUUAUUUGUUUGGUGGUGUCCGGGUCCUUUCCCUCGGCAUGCUGGGAAAGGGUCCUAUGCCUUUAGUCUGGCUCCACUGCCAUGUCCAUCCAUGUACGUCCUUCAUAAUAUUCAGUCCUGUAUCAGUAAAUGUUAACUUUUACUUAC